AUGACUGUCGAGACCAAGAAAAUCCUCCUCACUGGGGCGACCGGCUUCAUCGGUGGCAGCAUCUUAACCCACCUUCUCGAAUCACCAGAGCCGUCCCUCAAAGAUGCACAGAUCACCUGCCUGCUCCGCGGUGCUGAUCGAGCGGAGAAGCUCUCAUUGGCGUAUGGAGAUCGAGUCAAGCCAGUUGUGUAUGAAGGCCUCGACGACCUCGAGACCACCACCGCUGCUGCUGCCGAGCACGACAUCGUCAUCAACACCACAGCCGGCCACCACACUCGGGCUGGAGUCGCGCUGGUCGAAGGUCUGGCUAAGCGGAAGGCGUUGACGGGUCGCAAUGUCUGGAUACUGCACACGUCGGGCACCUCGAACAUUGGCGACAGGCCUAUCACGAAGCCCAAUGUUCCGGUCCGUGUCUUCGACGACCUCGUCGACGAUACCUACAGCUACGAGAAGGCUCUGGAGGCAGAGCAUGCCUAUCCUCAGCGCACGGGAGAACUCAGCGUUGUCGAUACAGGUCUGGCGCGAGGCGUCAAGACACUCGUCAUCAUGAGCCCCAUCAUCUACGGCAAAGGGAGAGGCAUCUUCAACCAAACGAGCAUCCAGACCUUCACCCACCGUACCGCCCUGAAGAGAAGACAGGUGGCUGUCGUCGAGGCGGGCAACAACAUCUACGGCCACGUCCACAUAGCCGACCUCGCAGAUCUCUACAAACUCGCCCUGCUCGACAUUCUCGACAGCCAGGGCCAGAAUCUCCCAACGGGCCCAAGGGGCAUCAUCUUCAGCGCGCACGGCGAGCACACCAUGAUCCGGCAGGCCGAGCUGAUCGCUGCUGCCGGCCAUGAGCUCGGCGUGUUCCCAGACAAGCAAAUCAAGCAUCUUGGGCUGGAAGAGGCGGCGUGGGCCGUCCUCCCUCACAUGAAAGCCUUCACGGAAGAACAAAUCAAGCUUGCGGGCCCUCAGAUCAUCGAAGCGAUCCUGGCGGCCAAUGCCAGAUCGAUUCCGAGCGUUGCUCGCCGGCUGGGAUGGAAGCCGUCCAGGGGCGAAGACGCCUGGGAGCAGUCCGUCAAGGAUGAUGUGAGGAGUGAGGCGGCUGCCUUGAGUCUCCUGUGA